CCCCACGAAACACGUGAAAUGGCGAUGAAAUGGCAUGCGACGCGACAAACAUGAAAAUCAAUGUCAAUAUCAACAUCAACAUCACCAUCCAAACAUCAACAAACAUCCCGAGCACAGAGUGGGAAAGAAACAUAUUUCCGAUAUCUUAUCCUACACAUUGAUACCUCCACCACCAAUCAUGAGAAGUUCACGCUCUUCCCCACAAUCCGUAGGGUUCAAUUCGAAUUCAAACAUGGACAUAACGGAAGAAAUUAUUAGUCCUCAAGACGCGGCUGGCAUAGAAUUGGAUAAUGAAAUAGCUUCACUACAGGAACAAAUCGCAUCAUUAAAAGAUCAACGUCGCCUUCAAACGGCUACUAUCCUCUCUUCUCAAGCUUCGAAAUCCAUUUUGUCGAAUUUACGAAAGUCUUCCUCCAAAACGAAAUCCCCCCAGUUUACUACUCCUACAGACUCCGAUCCACUACUUGCGACUUCGGCAGCUCAAACAACCCAUAAUCUCGAGAAUCUAUAUCGCGCAUGCGCAUCAAUUACAUCCUUCCAAAUUCAAGAUCCGGACCCGAACGCUGUAGACAAUGGGCAUGUAUUGGGAAUUCGAAUUGAAGCAAGCAGUUCUGGAAAAUUUGUUCGGCCUUAUUAUGUCAUGUUAAAUAAGCCAUAUUCUGGAUCAGCAGCACUGAGAAUCCAUCGGCACACAGUGCCUCCAUGUAUCCCUUUGGCUAGCCUGGCCGCGAAAUAUUUGCCUGCUCCUAAAGUCGCUGAGGGUAUCGUCAAAGAGAAACGACAAGAUUUGACUGCGUUUGUACGGAAAUUACGACGAGAGAUUACAGGUUAUCAUUUGCGUGUGGCAUCCAUCAAGCAUCUACGAAAAGGGUUCUCUUUGGAUGAGAAAUUAAGCAGCAAAGGAAAAGAAAAGGAGCGAGAGAUCGCAGAUAUCAGUGCUGCUGAUGCAGAAGCAAAGCAAGUGAGGAUUGAGUGGAUAGAUGGCAAGGUCGGUAGAUGCGUUGUAGGAAUGAAUGGGGAAGUCGUCAAAUGUGUCAUCAUCGGAGAAGAUGGGCGUGAUCGUGAGACGGAAAGAAGGGUGUUGGGCGGCGAUAAAAGAAUGGAGGGAAUCGCUGACAGAUUGAUGGAAGGUAUAUAUUAAGAGCUUAAAUUUGAGCUUGGAGGUUGGGGGAUAGAGGAGUUUAUCGCUUGUUGUUUACAAAUACCCCGGGACUUAAAUGCUCUGCACCACGGCAUUCAUUAAUUUUCACUACGGCUGCUUCUUCCAACUAAGAUUAAAUGUGAUCCAUCGCAUUGAAUGAAGGGCAUGUUGCUGAGCUGGAACGUAAGGUAUUUACCGAGUGACAGGGAAACGAGCUUGAAGGCCAGUCGACUUAUUCCAAGCACCAGAUACCAUAAAGGGAACUCGGUGACAUAUAAGAGCUCUUGUAGAGAUUCUGGAAGGCGCUCUGUAGAACACUUUUAGCGAAGUUUCUGCUGGCCCAACUUCAAUAAACUGACUAUUGUUGAUGUAAGCCAGACUUUAACUUUGCGGAUGAUCACAUACUUCAGGCAUUCAGCUACACACGCGCGCUCACAGCUGAUCGACACUCAUCGAUCAGAGCACCAUCACACGUUUUAAGCUGUCAGUACAUCCUCCUUCUUCGCUGCAGUUUCAGAUCCUAUAGGCUAUACCGGUAGGCCGGAGGACAAGCUGGGGUCGACGGAUGAAUUGGAAAGUGGGAUCACGUGAUCGUUUAUAUACUGAUCCAAUAAUUUAAACCUAAUCUCCACAAA